AUGAGGCUAUCUGAACCAGGUUACUCCUGCAGCGGCCAGCUCUUAUGCCAGGCUGCAGAGCUCGGAUACACGUCCCAGCUAAAAUACUUUCUUGGCAGUCAGGCAUCUCUUGAUGUCAACGCACCUUUCAAUGGAGAAACGCCUUUACAACUUGCAGCGAAGAACGGCCACGUACAGAUCGCUGCUCUGCUUCUGGGCAGAGGCGCCGACCCUGAUUCAAGGAUUUCCGAGGAAGGGACAAAACCAAUUCUACACGCUUACAUGAACGGAGACACUGCUCUUGUCAAGCUCCUCCUUCUUAGGGAUAAACCCGCUGAUAUCCGCGUUUCUACUGUUGAUGGGCGAACGCCCCUUCAUUUUGCUGCUGAGAGCGGCAACAUUGAACUAGUGCAGAUGCUUAUCGAGCGGCUGGAGAUUCGCGAGCCGGAAAACGCGCGUAUGAGAAUACCGGACUUGAAUGCACUCGAGGGUAAAGAGAUGACUCCUCUCAUGAUAGCAAGCAGGCAUGGACACCUAAACAUUGUGGAGCUUCUCCUCGCCAAAGGGGCUGCCGUCGACUUGACAGACAACGAAAACCACACGGCUCUUUACCACGCAACCUACAACCGCCACCAGUUGGUUGCGGAGGCGAUCCUUGGGCAUGCGUCCCCCGUUAAUGCACGAGACGAAAAUGGCGAUACCCCCCUGACGCUAGCCGCACUUGCUGCUAGGGAGGAGACAACGCUACUGUUACUCCAACAUGGAGCUGACGCGGCGGACUUGGAUUCCGGCGACAAGAACGGAGAUACGGCGCUCAUCUUGGCAGUCGAGAAACAAGAGAAGAACAUUGUCGAAAAGCUGCUGAAACUUGGCGCCGACGUAGAGCACCGUAACAACGACAGACAAACCGCCUUGAUUGUCUCC